AUGGGCUCGUCAAGCGCGAAACGCUUCUCCCUGCGCAGCGUCGGAUCCGUAGCGGCGCUCAUCUUCCUCGUGCUGCUGUUGGUUGUCGCCGGCGGCGUCGCCACACUUCAUCACAGGGGCAACACGCCGGCACGGGGCGUCCUUGUAAACGAUAGCCCCCUUCCUCGCAAAAUACUACGCGUCGAGGUCAUCAAAGAAGCCGGCAGCAACAUCGACUUCGCUAACCAACAGCACGGACCGCCGGCGCCGCUGCUCCCAAGGGGGCUCGUCCGUGAAACCACAAACCUGGAGAUGGAAGCGUCACUAGCCGGCGACCCCGAGCGGAGGCAUGAAGCAGCGCCAAAGCCCAAGAGCCUCUUGGCCGUCCCCGUCGGGAUCAAGAACAAGGCGGUCGUGGACAAGCUCGUGUCCAAGUUCCCCGCGGCCGACUUCACCGUGAUGCUAUUCCACUACGACGGCGCGGUGGAGCAGUGGGGCGGCAUGGAGUGGUCGGACCGCGCGGUGCACGUCGCCGCGCGGGGGCAGACCAAGUGGUGGUUCGCCAAGCGGUUCCUGCACCCGGACGUGGUGGCGGCGUAUGACUACGUGUUCGUGUGGGACGAGGACAUCGAGGUCGACGCCUUCGACCCCGUCAGGUACCUCGACGUCGUCAGGCGAGAGGGCCUCGAGGUGUCGCAGCCGGCGUUGGACCGGCGCUCCGAGAUCCACCACGCCAUCACGGCGCGCGCGCUGCUGCCGACAGCGGACGGCGUGCACCGGCGCGUGCGGAACGUCCGCUGCGACGGCGACAGCGUCGGGCCGCCGUGCGAGGGGUGGGUGGAGGUGAUGGUGCCCGUGUUCUCGCGCGCGGCGUGGCGGUGCGUGUGGGGAAUGCUGCAGAAUGACCUCAUCCACGGCUGGGGGCUCGACUACAGGCUCGGAUACUGCGCGCAGGGCGGACGCGCUCGCAAUGUUGGCGUCGUCGACAGCGAGUACGUGCUCCACCGCGGCGUCCCCAUGCUCAUUGACGGCGGCACGGCGACGCCGUCGGCGGGGCGCGCGGCGGUGAGGUUGCGAUCUUUCAAGGAGAUGCAGGUAUUCAACAGGAGAUGGGAGGUGGCUGCUGCGGAGGACAAUUCCUGGAUGGAUCCUUAUACGGCAGCACAAUCUCGGACGGCUAAAUAACGUCAUGAAGAUGAUCUGCUGGCCGCGCUUCACCAGCAAUGCAAGUCGUGAUAGAUUAGAUGCAUAGUGUCACAGCUUCUGUUCUGUAGAGCUGAGCUAUACAUAUACAAAUUAAUAAGCCCCCUUUGGCAAGGCUCUAGCUCCUCUAAAAACGGCUUUGGCUCUAGCUUCUUUGGCUCAUUAGCUUCUCUAGAGGAGCCAGAGCUGUUUUAUAUUUUCAUUUGGCAAAAUAGCUCCUCCUAUGUUUUUCGAAUCGUGUAUAAGGAAAAUGUCCAUAGUACACAUGCCUCAU